GCUCUGAGACCUCUUUUGAAGGAAGAUGAGUGCUCCUGCCAGGAUAAUGUAACAGGAGUGUCCAACUUCUAGGCUGACUCCACCAUGGGAGCCAAUACUUCAAGCAAGCCACCAGUGUUUGAUGAAAAUGAGGAUGUCAACUUUGACCACUUUGAAAUUUUGCGAGCCAUUGGGAAAGGCAGUUUUGGGAAGGUCUGCAUCGUACAGAAGAAUGACACCAAGAAGAUGUAUGCAAUGAAGUACAUGAACAAACAAAAGUGUGUGGAGCGCAAUGAAGUGAGAAAUGUCUUCAAGGAACUCCAGAUCAUGCAGGGUCUGGAGCAUCCUUUCCUGGUUAAUUUGUGGUACUCCUUCCAAGAUGAGGAAGACAUGUUCAUGGUGGUGGACCUCUUGCUGGGUGGGGACCUGCGUUAUCACCUGCAGCAGAACGUUCACUUCCAGGAAGACACUGUGAAGCUCUUCAUCUGUGAGCUAGCCAUGGCCCUGGACUACCUGCAGAGCCAGCGCAUCAUUCACAGGGAUAUGAAGCCUGACAAUAUCUUACUCGAUGAACAUGGGCAUGUGCAUAUCACCGACUUCAACAUUGCAGCAAUGCUACCCGGGGAGAUGCGGAUCACCACCAUGGCUGGCACCAAGCCUUACAUGGCACCCGAGAUGUUCAACUUCAGAAGAGAAGCAGGCUAUUCCUUUGCUGUUGACUGGUGGUCCCUGGGUGUGACGGCAUAUGAGCUGUUGAGAGGCCGGAGACCAUAUCAUAUUCGCUCCAGUACUUCCAGCAAGGAAAUUGUACACAUGUUCGAGACUGCUAUUGUGACUUACCCUUCUGCCUGGUCACAGGAAAUGGUGUCACUUCUUAAAAAGCUACUUGAACCCAAUCCAGACCAACGAUUUUCUCACUUGUCUGAUAUUCAGAACUUCCCAUAUAUGAAUGAUAUGAACUGGGAUGCGGUUUUGCAGAAGAGGCUCAUUCCAGGUUUUAUUCCUAAUAAAGGCAGGCUGAAUUGUGACCCCACCUUUGAACUUGAAGAAAUGAUUUUGGAGUCCAAGCCUCUUCACAAGAAAAAGAAGCGCCUGGCAAAAAAGGAAAAGGAGAUGAGGAAAAGUGACUCCUCCCAGACAUGCCUUCUUCAAGAACACCUUGAAAACGUUCAGAAGGAGUUCAUCAUUUUCAACAGAGAAAAAGUAAAAAGGGACUUUAUUCAAAGGCAAGGAAAUCUAGCCUUGGAACGAACCAAAGACCCGCAAGAAGGGGAUGGACAGAGUAACAACCUGUGAAGUCCACGAUGUCUUCUUCUUGGGACACAUCUUGGCUCCUCAAGCCAGGGAUUCCUGCUUAGCCACAUCAGGAAGACAGAGAGCCGUUCUCACCACACCUCACGACUUAGAAAAUGUGAAUGAAUAUCUCAAGGGAGGCAGCAUGAUACGGUGAAAGGAGCCCUGGGCCAGGGCCCCUGGGAUCUAGAUUUGCCACUCACGUGUGACCUUGAGCAAGUUACUUCAUCACUUUCUCUGCUUCAGUUAAUUCAUCUAAAAUUAGAGGGCUUUAUUAGAUGAGCUCGGCGCUGACUUUUUAGUACUAACAUUCUGUUAUCUAAACAGCCUUUGUUUUUAUUUUAAAAUGGAUAUUUUAAUGUAGAUUUAUUUUUCCACUCUUUCUAAUUACACUGUGACAAAUGGAAAAAUGGACACAGGAUUGAAUGAGGCUCUUCAUAGCUAGAAAACUUCAUAAAGAGGUCCCCCAGCCUGAUGAAUGGAAAGAAGGGGUUCCAUCAGGAAGAAAUGAGUGGGGCCAGAUUGGAAACCAUACAGAUUUAGAAGGGUCUCUGGCGAUGUGCUGGAGUCUGCUUGCAUCAGCUAGCAGGAGUGUGUUGUUUAUAGGUCUUUCCAAUCCCUGCUCAGUGAUGUGAAGUUAGUAGCUUGAAACUGGUGAUAGUGGGAGGAUUUUUACACUAUGGAGAUUGGCCAACUCUACAAAUCAGAGCCCCCUCCCCACCCCAUCCCAGCAAGCUGGUUGUUAAACAGAUAUCCGCAUAUCUCUGACCUUCUUCCAACUGACAUGCUCCUUGAGGGCUAAUUGUCCUCUGAAGAUUAUCUGAGACCUGGUGUGGGGGAAGAUAAGGGAAAACAGCGUCAUACUGAAAGAAUGUCUGCCUUUUAGUACUGCAAAGUUGCAUCUUACACAGGGGGGUAUAUCCUAAGUUAGAACAUGAAGUGACCUUGGAAGAUGGUAAAGUUUGCUGUUGAAAAAUCCCUUAAAUUACCCACAACAUACAGUGAGUACCUUUUCUCAGCAAGGCUCAGUACAGUGAGGCAUCUUUUGGUACUGAAAGAAACCACUGUGUUUGUUUUGAUUUCAUUAUUUUUAUUUUUGGUCUUUUUUUUUUUUUUGGCUAGUACCAAAUGAAGUAAAGUUUUGAACAAAUUAUACGUCUUUAUAGACUGGAAUUACACUGAGAACAGUGGGACGUUCACGCGUCUGCGACGC